AUGCAACAAGCAUACAACGAAAUGCAAACUCCACUGGUCUAUCAGAAUCCACCAACUCUGGGGCUGAAAGAGCUAAAAGAAUCGACAAUACAACAAGCGUCUAGUAGUUGUUACAUUGACGCAGCUACUGAUGAAACUGUGUUUGAUGUGAAUAAAGAUGUCGAUGAUUUAUUGCACGUUGAAGUGAAGGAGCAACGACUGAGCAAUCUGCUACAAGCGGUGAUGGUUGGUGGUUGUCUGGUUGCGAUGCCGGUUCUUAAAAAGAUUCUAACUUCGGUUCUUUGGGGUUACUUUGCUUUCAUAGCGAUUGAAAGCUUACCUGAAAAUCAUGCGAGUUUUGUUGAAAGCGUCCCAUUCAAAACAGUUGCUUGGUUUACAUUGUUUCAAACUGUUUACUUGUUGGCUUGUUUUGGCAUAACAUGGAUUCCAAUUGCAAGUGUUCUUUUCCCUCUCCUCAUCAUGCUGCUUGUUCCUGCAAGACAAUAUUUUCUUCCAAAACUUUUCAAAAGCGCACAUCUUCAAGAUUUAGAUGCUGCUGAAUAUGAAGAAGCCCCUCCCACCACCUACAAUAUGGCAUUUCGUGAUGAUGAUGAUGCUCAAUCAAGAACAUCCCAAAUGGAUAGUGCGGAGGUUCUUGAUGGAAUCAUGACAAGAAGCAGAGGAGAGGUCUGUCAUUCCAACAGUCCAAAAAUAACAAGUUCGACUCAAACUCCUCGACAAAUGCAGCCUGCUUAUAGUCCACGUCAGCAGGCUUACGACAGUCCAAGUUAG